UACUUACCCACCUAGCUAAAGCUUCACCAAGCAGCAAAAACCUAAUUACAAUUGGUUAUCAUUAACAAAGAAUAUUUGUUCUGAGAAUGGCAAGCAUUCUCUUUCUUCGUUUACUAGUAAUUUUAUUGGGUCUAUCUCACUUUACAGUCUGCUUAAAUGCUGUCCCAGUUACAAGGAUUGGAAGCAAGUUAAUGCAUGAAGUUCCACCAAAAACCCUCAUGCAGGAAAGUUUUGAUGUGGAAUUACCAGCUAGAAUGGAUAUGGAGCUUAAUGAUUAUCCAGGUUCAGGAGCUAACAACCGGCACACUCCAAGGCCACAAUUGGGUAGAGGCUGCGUUGAUUGUUAAUUAGUGUAUACAUAUAUAUAUAUAUAUAUAUAUGUAUGUAAUUCUAUAUAUAUGCUAUAUAUCUUUAUAGUGUAUAUGCUGCAAAAGACCGCAGAAAAAUCAAAAAAAGGUAUUGUUUUUAUCCUUCAUUUCUUAAUUAAGCUGGAUCUAUUUAGUUUUGGUGGAAUUGGGUCGAGUAAUAUUUGUCUUGUGAGGGAAGAUGCGAUGUUGAAGAGAAGUAAUUGUACAAGAGUACUCUUAAUUAGUAUAAUUAUUAUUAGUUAUAAAUUUUAAUUUAUAUACUAGCUAGAGCUUUUUAAGUAAGCUGACUAUUAUUUUUAAGCACCUUGUAUCAAUAAA